CCUCUAACAAUGGGCAGUCUUCGAGCUCAUCUCCUUGAAACUAACCCGUCCUGCGAGCUAAAACCUCUUGACCCUGAAGAAUUUCGCAGGCAGGGCCAUUUGGUUAUCGACUUCUUGGCUGAUUACUACCACAAUGUUGACAAAUAUCCAGUUCGAAGCCAGGUUGAACCUGGUUAUCUCUCGAAGCUCAUCCCUGACACAGCACCCAACAACCCCGACCCCAUUGAAACCAUACUGCAAGACGUGCAGAAUGACAUCUUGCCGGGGAUCACCCAUUGGAUGAGCCCCAACUACUACGCCUACUUCCCGUCCAGUGGCAGCAUGGCCGGGUUUCUCGGUGAGAUGCUUAGCACUGGAUUCAAUAUCGUGGGUUUCAACUGGAUGUCCUCCCCGGCCGCCACUGAGCUCGAGACCAUCGUCAUGGACUGGCUUGGAAAAAUGAUCGACCUCCCUCCAUCUUUCCUUUACUCUGGCGGCGGCGGCGGUGUGCUCCAAGGCACCACCUGCGAGGCGAUUCUCUGCACUCUUACGGCCGCGCGUGACAAGAUCUUGAAUGAGAUUGGCCGAGAUCAAAUCACUCGUUUGGUUGUCUACGGCUCCGAUCAAACUCACUGCGCCUUACGUAAAGCAGCACAGAUCGUUGGCAUCCAACCACGAAACUUCCGAGCUAUCGAAACUUCUCCCUCCAACGCGUUUGGGCUCUCGCCUGCGUCGCUCCGCGAUGCACUAAUUGCCGACAUCGCUGCUGAGCUCGUCCCUGUCUACCUCUGCGCGACGGUCGGGACGACCUCAUCCACUGCGGUCGAUCCAAUCGCUGGCCUCUGUGAAGUUGCGAACGAGUUCGGAGUUUGGGUCCAUGUCGACGCUGCAUACGCUGGAAGCGCGUGUGUGUGCCCGGAGUUUCGCCAUUUCAUUGAUGGAGUGGAGAAAGCCAACUCCUUCAGCUUCAAUGCUCACAAGUGGUUCUUCACUAACUUGGACUGUUGUUGUCUCUGGGUCAAAGAACCUGGAGCUCUAGUGAACUCACUAUCAACCAACCCGGAGUAUUUGAAAAACAAGGCCACUGAAUCUAAGCAAGUGAUUGACUAUAAAGACUGGCAGAUUGCACUCAGCCGAAGGUUCCGUGCCAUGAAACUGUGGCUAGUGUUGCGUAGCUAUGGAGUUGCUAACUUGAGAAAUUUCAUUAGGAGUCAUGUGAAAAUGGCAAAGCAGUUUGAAUUCAUGGUACAGAUGGACAAGAGGUUUGAGAUUUUCUUGCCGAGAACCUUUGCUAUGGUUUGUUUCCGGCUUCUCAUGCCAUCGUCCAAAUCUGAUGGUAAAGAACCCGCGAGGGUGCUGGAGAUUACAAACGAGCUCAACCAGAAACUCCUCGAGAUGGUGAACUCAUCUGGAAAAAUAUACAUGACCCAUGCUAUAGUUGGAGAAGUAUAUAUAAUAAGGUUUGCCAUUGGAGCUUCGUUGACAGAGGAGAAGCAUGUGAAGUUUGCAUGGAAUGUCGUUCAAGAGCAUGCUGAGGCUAUAAUUGCAGCCUUGGAUUGAUCAAGUAAUAAGCAGCUUUUGCUGUUUUUGAUUUAGUUCAACAGUUCAUAAUUGUUUGAUUUAUUUUUCUGAAUAAAUUGUCGAAGGCAUAUUCAGUACUAUAUGAUUUGGUAGCUCAUCCACAAACAGAAAUGCAAAGUGUAAUAUUAACAUAUAUGUCUCCAUGCGGAGGAAUGGUAGGUCUAACUAUUGGGGAAAUGUCACAUUGUUUUGGGAAUAUUAAUGGAUUGUUGGAACGAAAUUUGGUAGAGAUCAUUGA